AUGAAGUACCCGUCACUCGUUAAUCUGCUCGCGCUGGUCGCGCUGCAAACAAACCAAGUUACUUCUCUUGCGGUACCCAGGCUACCGACUUUAAAGAGCCGUUCACUCCUUCCGCCUUUUUCGUUACCGCAGAAUGACCUUCUCGACUUGACAAGAGCAUUGGAUAUUACGACGAAGCAAGCCGGCUAUUUGUAUGGACCUCCAGUCGCUGGCGGACCUUAUUUUCCCACUGGCGUCUUGGGUUUGGCGAAGGUCGCGGCCGACCAAGCUCUGAUCCAGCUCGAUGAGGCCCCUAUCCUUGUGGCCGCUGCCGCAGAUACAACUGACAGUACCGUGUCGGCUCCUCAGUACAAUGGCCUGCAGACCUUGGACGAUUACACCCUCCUUUACGACGGCCAUUGGAAGGCAACUCUCCCAUCUGGCCCCGUUCCGGGCAUGUUGACGAAUUACACCCAAGACCUACUGUUCUCAAUGGAACGCCUUUCGUUCAGCCCCUACCAGGUGAAAAGGCUUAAUCCCUCAUCGGAUACAUUACAGUUCAAUGUCGACGAUAACAUUACAACGCAAAUCACAGGCAUGACACUCCAACAGCUGUUUGAAGACGGUCGACUCUUUUAUGCCGACUAUCGAGACCAGAAAGAUCUCACCCCCACCGAUCGAUAUUCUGCCGCAUGCGACGCAUUCUUCUACAUUGAUCAGACAUCAGGAGAAUUCUUGCCGCUAGCUAUCCGUACCAAUGUAGGAUCGAAUCUCAUUUACACGCCAAAGGAUGACCCUGCCGACUGGCUGCUCGCAAAGAUCAUGUACAACGUCAACGACUUCUGGUUCGCGCAGUGGAAUCAUCUGGCGAGCACUCACGAGGUCGUCCAGAUUGCAUACCUAGCUGCCAUCCGAACCCUCAGUGACAAUCAUCCUGUUCUCGCUUUACUGAACCGCAUUAUGUACGAGGUGUACGCUAUCCAGCCGCUGGCAGAGCUCCUCCUGUUCCUUCCGGGCGCGGCAGUCGACCAGGUCUUUGCCUACACAGGCACCUCGGCGCAAGACUACACCACGAACCUAUAUGAGAACGGAGGUAGCGGCCGCUUCCAAGCAAAUUAUUUUACGGCCGAGCUUGAGUCUCGCGGCCUGAUCAAUUCAAAUUUUGGCCCCGCGUUGAAAAACUUCCCUUUCUACGAAGACGCGUCGACCAUUUAUAAUGCCAUUCAUGCAUUCAUGACAUCUUUUGUGAAUUCAUACUACUCCAAAGACUCAGAUAUUACGGCCGACAACGAAAUGCAAGCAUGGGUAAAGGAGUCACAAGGCCCCGCAAAGGCGAUUGACUUCCCUUCGAUCACGACGAGAAGCGCCCUUAUCGAUGCUUUAACACACAUGGCUCAUCUUGCCUCUACCUCGCACCACACGGUCAACACGAACGAGUUGCUCUCCGCUAGUUCUACGCUUCCCUUCCACCCUCCAUCCCUCUACCAGCCACCACCCUCGUCCAAAGGUUCAACAAACGUGGUAGAUUUCCUUCCGCCGCUUGACAAGGUCGAAGAGCAAUUCAGCGUGGCAGCCAUUUUUGUACGCCCCUUUUUUGUUGGCACGAAUCGCACGCUGAUGCACAUGUUUGACGAUCCUUCGAUGCUAAGCCGCAUGAAUAGCGCCACUCAAUCCGCGGCAUCAACCUUUUACAGCAGUAUGCAGGCAUUCAGCCAACAGGUCGCCGCACGCACAUUCGACCAGAAUGGGUUGUCCCAGGGUAUGCCGUUUGUGUGGAAGGCGCUGGAUCCUAAUGUAGCACCCUUUUCUAUCACUUCUUAG